AUGUUCGCUCAAAAUGGUGUCAUACGAACAGAUGAAAUAAGUAUUCGACAAGGAAUUUUUCAGGGUGAUUGCCUAUCAGCCUUGUGGUUUUGUAUGGCGCUCAAUCCGCUAAGUAAUCUCUUAAGAAACGCAAAGUAUGGCUUCAAAAUUAAAGGUAAUUCUCGAGAAUGUAAAGUAAAUCAUCUCACGUAUAUGGAUGAUUUCAAGAUAUAUGCUUCGACGCGAGAAACCUUAGACAAGCUUAUUAAAAUAGUCGAGGACUUUAGUAAUGACAUUAGAAUGAAGUUUGGCAUUGAAAAAUGCAGAAAAAUCAGCAUUGUUACUGUUAAAAUCGUUAAAUUCGAAAAUUUUGAGCAAAACGAAGGGAUUAUUAAAGACAUGGAAGAAGACGAACUGUACAAAUAUCUUGGUGUAUCUCAAAGCAGAAGAGUAGCACACAAAGCUGUAAAAGAUAAAGUAUAUAGUGAAUUUAAAGGACGUAUUCAUAAGAUAGCCAAGACGAAUCUGCAGGGUAAAUGUUUGAUAAAAGCCAUCAAUACUUUUCUUACUCCCAUUCUGACUUAUUGUUUCGGAAUAAUACAAUGGACAACGACUGAGAUACAAGCGAUGCAGCGAAAAAUACCAACUAUGCUCACAGAAUACAAAUUCCACCAUCCAAAGUCAUGUUGUGAGCGAAUGACUAUGCCUAGAAAGGAAGAAGGUAGAGGCCUUAUUGAUCUGCAAGAGCUACAUGACAAUCAAAUUAUAUCAAUGAGAGAAUAUUUUCUAAACAAUGCAGAAAAUGAUAUCUUGUUUAAAAUUUUAACCGAAGCAGACAAGCAUUACACACCAUUAAAUUUGAAAGGAACUUUUGAAAGAAAAGCACAAGAUCGGCAGUGUAAAGAGCAAGCUUGGCCAAUCAAACCGCUACAUGGAAGAUAUUAUAGAUCCACUAACGCCGACAAUGUCGAUAAAAUUAUGUCGCACAAAUGGCUUACAUGUGGAACACUAUUUGCUGUAACUAAGGCAUUCAUGAUUGCAAUACAGGACCAAGUAAUUCCGACAAGAAAUUACUGCAAAUUUAUAAUGUCAGACCCUUCGCUAAUUAGUGAUAAAUGCCGGCAAUGUGGACAACAAACGGAAACUGUAGAUCACAUACAGGCAGGAUGUACAUGCUUAGCACAAAGAGAAUACACAAAGAGACACAAUAACGUGGUUAAUAUUUUACAUAAGCAAAUAUGCAAUAAAUAUAGACUUAUUGAUAGAGAAAAUGUUCCAUACUAUAAGUAUACACCACAAGCAGUAUAUGUUAAUCCAGACGUAAAAAUUUAUAACGAUCGAACUAUUUAUUCCGAUCACACGAGAUUGCACAAUAGACCAGAUAUAACUAUUGUUGAUAAAAGACGUCGAGAAGGACUCUUUAUUGAUGUUGCAAUACCAAUGACCAAAAACAUGAAUCGGACUUAUUUUGAGAAACGUAGUCGAUAUGCAGAAUUAGCUGUGGAAACAAAACGUAAUUGGAACCUAAACAAAAUUGAAAUUCUUCCAAUUAUAAUUAGUGCUGAAGGUGUAACGCCAAAAAGUUUAUUGUCGCAUAUUCGAAGACUUGAAUAA